UCACUCUUCAAUUCUCCGAUCUUUUUUUCAUUAUAUUUUGUGUCUCAUGCAAUGUUCAUAAUUCAAUCAGCAACCUAAACGAUCCCUUUCGCCUUUCUCAAUGUCAAAUUUUAUGCAAUUCGAUAGCGGGGACAAUUUUGUGUUAUUUUUCUCACGAUUUCUGUUAACUUGUGGUGUUUUUGGAUUUGCCUGCGCUGGAAUUACCAGUUUUCUUAAAUGAUACAACGCAAUUGGAUUAUUUGAUACGCGCUCCCAUCACUGUUUCUUGAUGCAGACAACUUGUUGUUUGUGGUUACAGAGUGAAAAGUAGCUUUGUUGGAUGACUGUAGCGUAUUGGCAGAGCCAUGAGCGGGAUAUCUUCAAAUAAAAGAAGAUUGAGAGACCUUUUGGUAAAAAGUGAAAAUCGUGUAUGUGCUGAUUGUGGUAGUCCAGACCCAAAAUGGGCAUCAGCCAAUAUUGGGGUUUUCAUAUGCUUAAAGUGCUGUGGCGUGCACAGAAGCCUUGGCGCUCAUAUCUCAAAGGUUUUGUCUGUGACGAUGGAUGAAUGGUCAGAUGAUGAAAUUGAUGGGAUAAUUGAUAUAGGAGGAAAUGCUUCAGCGAAUUCAAUCUAUGAAGCUUAUUUCCCUGAUGGGAUUUCUAAGCCUGGGCCAGAUGCUAGCCAUGAUCAGCGUGCUAGGUUUAUCAGGUGGUGGUGCUCUGAUGAUGCUAUGCAUUCUAUUUGUAGGGCUAAAUAUGAGCGUCAAGAAUUCUUGAAGCCUAGCUUGCGUAUUAAGUCGGCUCCCAAGGGGUCCUCUCUUCAAACAAGUUUAUCCAGGAAGGCUAUGGAUACAGUUCGAAGUUCGAGUUCACAUAUUGAAGGCGCGUUAGAAAUCAUUGGAAUGGUGAUAGUUAAAGUACUCAAAGGGAGAAACCUAGCGGUUCGAGACAUGCUUUCAAGUGAUCCAUAUGUUAUCUUGACCCUUGGCAAUGAGAAAGUGCAAACAACCUCAAUUAGGAGCAAUUUGAAUCCUAUUUGGAAUGAAGUUCUCACGCUUUCUGUUCCUCAAGAUUCUGGCCCAAUUAAGUUGGAAGUUUAUGAUUAUGACACCUUCUCUGCUGAUGAUAUAAUGGGGGAGGCUGAGAUUGACAUUCAGCCGAUGAUUGCCUCUGCUAUGGCAUUUGGAGAUCCUACAAUGUUUAGUGAUAUGCAGAUAGGGAAAUGGUUUAAAUCAAAUGAUAAUGCGCUAAUUGAGGAUAGCUCUGUAAACAUUGUUGAUGGGAAGGUGAAACAAGAAAUAUCACUGAAGCUGCAGAACGUAGAAUCUGGUGAAGUUGAUCUAGAAAUAGAGUGGAUUGCUAACUAGGGUGUAUAAAUAUAUAGAUUAUUUUCUUUUACUCCCUUCUCAUUUACAUAUGAGAUAAUAAAUGACUCGAGAAAUUUUUUUGAGUCAAAUAUUACGUCAAAAUUCUUUUGUACAAUUUAUAAAAUCUCGGAUUAUUUCCCGAGGUACUUGUAAUAUUUGUAAAUUUGUAAUGUUCAAUGCAAUAAUUUUUAUUUAAA